CCUUCGCGGAUAAGGAGGCCUGUGAUGUUUGCCUUCUGUUCGGUGAUGUUUGUCGUACUUCACGCUCCUGGAACACAAGGCCACGGCAGGCUCAUCGAACCGCCUGCCAGAAACGCGAUGUGGCGGAUAAGCUACGACACGCCUCCCAACUUCGAAGAUACGGAACUCUUUUGUGGAGGCAUAAAGGCCCAGUGGAAGGACAACGGCGGCCGCUGCGGCGUGUGCGGCGACGACUACGCGCAGCCGCGGCCACGGCGCCACGAGACCGGCAACAUGUACGCGCGCAACGUGACGGUACGCCGCUACGCGCCCGGCCAGCUCGUCGACCUGGUCGUCGACGUCGAGACCAACCACCUGGGGCACUUCGAGUUCGCGCUCUGCCCGAGGGCGUCGUGGGAGGAGGCCGAGAGCGAGGAGUGCUUCGACUUGCACCCGCUCACCGUGGUGACCGCCAGCGGACCGGGCCGCAGGAAGUCCGCUUUCUACUCGGACGAGCCGCCGACCCGCUACCGGCUGCCAACCGCCGCCAACGGACUCUACAUGAUUCAGGUCCAGCUGCCGGAGAGGCUCACCUGCGAGUACUGCGUCCUCCGCUGGCACUGGCGAUCUGCGAACAACUGGGGAGACUGUGGCGACGGCAAGAUGGCGCUGGGCUGCGGUCCGCAGGAGACGUACCGCAACUGCGCCGACGUCGCCAUCUUGAACAGCUUCGGCCUGCGCGGCCCUCUGGGGGCCAACGCCGUUCCCAAGCGUUUUGGUGCCACUAAGCCGAAAAAGAUCAAUGCCAUAUAGGUUAGGGUCGGGAAUCGAAGGCUGUAUACCGCGAUGCAAACGCCUUGCUUAUUUAUUUCACAAUAAACCUGUCUUUCAUAUAUCCAAAGGCGAAGAAACUCCA